UUGUGUUUGUGUACACGCUGAUAGCACUCCCGGCUCCGUGGGAACAUCAGACUUCCAGCACUCACCAUGGGAGGCCUUACUUAUGUGCUACUUUCAUGCUCCAAGAGGUGAGCCAUGAGCUCAGGAUAAGAGGUGAGCCAUGAGCUCAGGAUAAGAGGUGAGCCAUGAGCUCAGGAUAUGAGGGACACCAGGAGUAGGCUAGGGGACAGGCCGGGAUGAACAGGCAUGGGAAGGUGUUUUGACUGCUGGGUCCUCAAGAAAGCAAGGCUCUGGUAGAGAAAGAAGGAAGGGCAAGAAGGGUACACAGAGGUCCUAGGGACAAGAGGGGACAGGCUGGUGACCACAUGUGGGGAAGGAUAGGUGGAGAGAAAGAGUACAAAUUCAUAAAAACUUAACUUUUUAGAUUUUUUUAAAGGUUGUUUUAACUGAUACAUACAAACAUAAAGUUGUACAUAUUAAUGUGUAUCUUGUAGAGCUUGGUAAGUUUUAAAAAUCCUACUAUUUUCUAUGAAUGUGAAUGUUUGGCCCUAGCCUGGGAAAAAUCUGGGGCUGACUUCUCUUUCGUCUCCCACGGAACUGUGACCCCAGAAAGGGGCCUAGCUUAGGCAAUGCAUUAUGGGGGUCCACCCACACCCAUUUAGGUGUACUGGUUACCGGUUCCCAGGGGUGAGGUAUGUGUUGGAGUAGAGGACAGGGGUGGGGUGAGCUCAGAGACGGUGAGGUGAGGGCUCCCCGCUCAGGAAAGGCUUUCUAGAACAUGAAACUCAGGUGGUACCUAAAGGGGAGGGACCAUACCAGCACCCAGCAGAGGAAUCACAGACAGAGACCGAGGACAGGGAGGGAAGAUGUCUAAGGCCACCCACCUCCUGGAAGACAGGCUCAGACCUCGAGAACAGAGCGCCAGCCCUCCCUCAGAGAGAAGCCUCCGCUGGAUUUUACAGAGUUUAUCUGCAGGAAGGUGCUGGGCUCUCGUGACGAACUGUGCACACUGAAGUACUGCUAGAAGUCACAUGGAGUAAGCAGGGCACUGGAAUGGAUCCUCAGAGGGAAAGUGCAGCCUGGGAGUCGGAAGCCCGGGAGGUGGAGACUUGGUUCCCUGACACAGGGGAGCUUUGUGCCCUAAGCAAGGACUCGCCAGUGCUCCUCCAUCUCUCCAUCCUCCCACGUUCCGGGAUCAUGCGCGGGCUCCUCUUUUGCACUCUGCUCAUUACUGGACUAGCACAGCUCUGCUGCAGGACGCAGGACACCGUGUCACCAGACACGACCCCUGGAGGAGGGGCUGGAGAUGCAUCACAAGUGCAUCACCGUAAACAAGUCUGUCGCUGGCCCUGCAAAUGUCCUGCUCGGAAGCCCAGUUGUCCUCCUGGGGUGAGCUUGGUGAAGGAUGGCUGUGGAUGCUGCAAAAUCUGCGCCAAGCAACGAGGAGACGUGUGUAACGAAGCGGACCUCUGUGACCCCCACAAAGGGUUGUACUGUGACUACUCAGCCGAUGCGCCUAGGUACGAGACGGGAGUGUGUGCAUAUCUUGUGGCUGUUGGAUGUGAGUUCAACAGGGUCCAUUAUCAGAAUGGUCAGGUAUUUCAGCCGCAUCCACUGUUCAGUUGCCUCUGUGUGGGUGGUGCGAUUGGAUGCACACCCCUCUUCAUACCCAGGCUGGCUGGCAGCAACUGUUCUGCAGCUGAAGAUGUAAGGAGAUCUGGUACAACCAACUGUAGCCUGGGACCACUGCAACAGGGGCGCUCGGCAGGCUACAGAGCAGUGCCAGCUUAUAGGAACCUUCCGCUUACUUGGAAAAAAAAAUGCCUUGUGCAAGCAACCAAGUGGACUCCCUGCUCCAGAACAUGUGGAAUGGGGAUUUCUAACAGGGUAACCAAUGAAAACAGCAACUGUGAAAUGAGAAGAGAGAAGAGGCUAUGCUAUAUUCAACCCUGCAACAGUAAUAUAUCAAAGGCCGUGAAGAUCCCCAGAGGAAAAACCUGUCAACCCACUUUCCAGCUCUCCAAAGCUGAAAAGUUUGUCUUUUCUGGAUGCUCAAGUACGCAGAGUUACAGACCCACUUUCUGUGGGCUGUGCCUGGACAAGAGAUGCUGUGUCCCCAACAAGUCUAAAAUGAUUACGGUCCAGUUUGACUGCCCCAGUGAAGGGUCAUUUCAGUGGCGGAUGCUCUGGGUCACAUCCUGUGUGUGUCAGAGAGACUGCAGAGAGCCAGGAGAUAUAUUUUCUGAGCUCAGGAUUCUAUAGAGCCAAACACAGGCAGGAAAGUUGAAGGCCAAGUCAUUCAUGUCAUAGAAUCAAAAAACUAGAGUGACUAUAAAAGGUUGAAAAUUUUAUUUAAUGGAUUUAAAACAGAAAGAACGAGUCAUUCUUCAGUUGCUAUAUUUGUGACAUCAGAAGUUUCUAAAAAAUAUUCUAAUAAAACAAAAAUGAAUGCCUGAAAAAUUUUAAA